AUGUUUCCAAUUCUAAUGAGUUCUAUUAAACGUUGGGCAAAUUUACAAGAUCCGAACAAACUCUCUGCUGUUGAUUUACAAAAAACGAUCGAUCAAUUAGUACCGGAAGAGUUUUUACCUCUCUAUUUUCAUCAUCAAAAUGCAGCGAUUCUCAUUGAAAUCGAGAGUUUUUAUGGUGCUAAGCGAACUGUCAUCUCGGCAUGGCAAGUUUUAUUAUCGACAAAAAACAUCACCUCUUCAUUAUUGCCGCAUUUCUCUUGCUUUUCUGUGCCAGUCUUUCAGUUACAAGAUCGAUUUCAGCUGCGGUCAAUGGCUCAUUGUGAAUUAUUGAUCGAUUUCAUGAAGCAUCCGCUUGAGCACAGCCAGGCACAUCGAGGUUCUGGUACAUUUGAUGAAACUCGUGAUGUUCCAGGAUCCCAUUACGCUACUGAUUGGUGGAUCAACCACUUUUCAGGUAUCAGAAGUGAAAAUCGACGUGCUUCAUCGAUUUCAUUCAAGAAAAAACAUCGCGAUCAAAUCCAAUGGAACGGUGCCCUGCUACCUUUUCGACGUUCUGGCCUGUAA